ACUCUGGUGCAUAAAAAUAUAGUGCUUAUUUCCAUGUAGUGGAAGUAUGUUUUCCUUUCUUUGUACGUUUCUGUAGUCGCUAAAUGUUCUACAAGGAACAGGUGCUGCUUUUACGAUCAGAUCAAUCCCACUUCCUUUCCCUUCUUUUCUUUUCUUUCCCUUUCUCUUUCUUUCUUUUUUUUUUAAAGAGAAUGAAGUGGUUCUUGUAUGUGUCCUGGCCUGGUGCUUUCCCAAGCCAUGGGACGGAGCCUUUGUGUGCCUGACCAGUUCCCUCUGUUCCAUUAGGGCAAGCUGGAGAUGACCUUGGAGAUUGUAGCAGAGAGUGAGCAUGAGGAACGGCCUGCUGGCCAGGGCCGAGAUGAGCCCAACAUGAAUCCUAAGCUCGAGGACCCCAGGCGCCCUGACACCUCCUUCCUCUGGUUCACGUCCCCGUACAAGACCAUGAAGUUCAUCCUGUGGCGGCGGUUCCGGUGUGCCAUUGUCCUCUUCAUCAUCCUCUUCAUCCUCCUGCUGUUCGUGGGCAUCUUCAUCUACGCCUUCCCGAACUAUGCUGCAAUGAAGCUGGUGAAGCCCUUCAGCUGAGGACUCUCUGGCCCAGGACUGGCUGCCUUCUCUGCCCAACUUAGCCAGGCUCCUCCAGGCCCUACCAUCCUGCCAGGUGGGCAGAGAGACACAUGCUCCAAGAGUCGGUGACACUGAGUCCUGGGAUCGUCCCCCUUUCAUCAUUUCUUUCUCCCCCAACCCAACCUUUUUGGAUCAGCCCCUGUGUAUUUCAGUAUAAAACAGUUUGAACCACA